AUGGUAUUUUUCGCAAGUCUGCAGGCCUUCUCGGCGCUUCUAGCUGUCUUCCAGACUGCGACAGGCACGCCGUUGCUCCUUGAGCACCUUGAUUCUCGGGGUACCCCUCCAUCUAACACCUCAGUGUGGCCUUUGACAUUGAGUGAUUUGAUUCACGGUAAAUCCUGGCCCGACUUUGCGACUAAGACAGAGCGAUGGUCGACAUACAGGGCGCCGACGUUUGACGAGGUGUUUCUUCCAGCAAACGAACAUGAUCUCUCCUUGGGUCUCCAAUACAUGUCCACCAACAACCUUCAAUGGCUGGCCAGGUCGGGAGGUCAUGGAUAUUCACCGACUCUCCAGUCCAUCCAAGAUGCGGUCUUAAUCAACCUGGAAAACUUCAACCAUGUUCAGGUCCAGCCCGACGGCACAGUCGUUGUUGGCACUGGCGCCUAUUUCAGCGACUUGAUCAAUACCGUGGGCGCUGCCGGAAGAGAGUUGACCGUGGGCUCAUGCCCCUGCAUCGGCGCCACGGGUGCCAUGCUCGGGGGAGGCCUAGGUCGCCUGCAAGGUCUGCAUGGCCUGACCAGUGACGCCCUCCGCAAAGUGCGCCUGGCGCUGUGGAAUGGCACCAUUGUCGAAGCCUCCGACCAACAAAAUCAGGAUUUGUUCUGGGGCAUCAGGGGUUCUGGUCAAAACUAUGGCAUCAUUUUCGAGUCCACGUACCAGACCUGGCCUGCGACUCAUGGAGGCGUUCAUUAUAGUGCAGAUAUGAUAUUUGCCAAGAGUUCAAUUGAGAAAGUCAUGAAGGUUGCCAACCACCUGACAGCCCCGGGGUUGGAUAAUAAGCUGGCUCUUAUUAUCUUCUUUUCAUCAAAUGCCACGACGCCCGAGCUCAACAUGGUUGUCAACAUCGUCUACUCUGGCCCUGAGGCAGAAGGACAAAAAUACACCAAGCUCUUCUCGCCUUACAGUCUCAGCCUCCAGGAGCACAUGCUCAAAUGGGAGGAGCUGCCCACCAAGUCCGUUCUCGGCCUCAUCCCUUAUUCCUGCGCAUCCGGCCCACGCUACAACCUAUACGCCAGAACACUCGAUCCACCAACAUGGGUCAAAUUCGGCAACGAGUUCGAAAAAUUCCUGCAAAAGUAUCCCGCAGCCAACGGAUCCGCCAUGAUGAUCGAGACAUUCCCGGUGCAGGGUAUCGAGGCGCUGCCCGACACGUAUUCCGCCUUCCCACACCGCAAGUACUUUCACAACAUCAUCGAAGUCAUCGGAUCGUACACGGAUGAUAGUGUUGCAAAGCCUGUCGACGAUUUUCUUCGCUCAUGGCGAGACCAAUUCGCGGCUACCUCAGGGUAUGACAAACUCCAUGUCUAUCAGAACUAUGCGCACGACGAUGAACCACUGUCGGCUCUUUAUGGGUAUCAGUCCUGGCGUCAUGCGCGUUUGACCAAGUUGAAGAAUGCUUAUGAUCCACAUGGCUUCUUUGAUGGGUACCAUGCCGUCCCAUCUGAUCUCAAGAAAUGGACCUAG